UCUUAGCUACUUCCCCCUGCACACAACAAGCUUUAUAAUGAAUUCGCGAGUUAGAAAGUGGUUGGAAAACAGUCACUGCAUCUCUCGGAGCCUGCAGAAACAUAGUGUGCUGUUCGAGGGUCUGAAGCAGGUAGCUGGACCCAGGGGCGAUCCCUCCUGCCCACACAGGCUUCACCCAGAUGAGCUGGCUGCCAAGGAGCUGUUCCCUCCCUCCAGCAGCCUCCUUCGCUUUCCACCGGGUCCUGGGCAGCUCCAUCCGUCCAAAUGGGAGCUGAGUUUGCAAGCUGACAGGGAUGCAGAGAGCUGGAGGUGCUGAUGUCAGAGCCAGAAGACAGCUGCGAUUGGAUCUAAUUAGACUUUGCAGCGGCAAAUAGACAAGCUCCCUGCGUGAUUGGCUUCAAAGUGGCUGGUGCCCAACAACUAGCGGAGGUGCCAAAGUCCAAGCCGUGCGCUUGGAGCCCAGCUCAAGAGAAGCCGCGAGGAGGGCUGAGCGCGCCAGGCGCACCUCUCCUGUCGGUGCAACCCUGGGAGCUGGCGCUCGGCUCCAUCCCAGGCUUCAGCCCGGCGGCAGGGACAGAACAAUUAGAGAGCGAAGGGCGGGGAGCGCCAGUUCUCAGUCCCCAAAAGUGAGUCUCUCCGGUUGCGAAGCAUUUAGCAGCGGCGGCUACGGAGCAGGAAAGGGAAGACUGUUUCAGAAAGGAUUCCUCUCCUGCUCUACUUCCUAAGUCUCAGCCAUGGCAUCGGUCUUGGGGACCAGCAGAGGGUCCGGAGGGCUGAACAGUCAACUCAAAUGCAAGUCUAAGCGGAGGAGGAGGAGGAGGUCGAAGAGGAAAGACAAAGUAAGCAUGUCAUCAGCCUUCAUGACUCCCUUCAAGCACCUAAGUCCUGGGGCUGCAAACAAGGAGGAUGACGACAAUCUGAGUUCCAGCAGCACAGAUGUGAAGGAAAACCGCAACGUGAGCAACCUGGAGGCCAGGCCCCUGUCCCCGGGCAGCAGGGCCCGAGGUAGCACACCUGCUGUGAAGAGGAAACGGCCCCUGGAGGAGGGCAAUGGGGGCCAUGUCUGCAAGCUGCAGCUGGUCUGGAGGAGGCUGUCGUGGUCCGUGACACCCAAGAAUGCACUGGUCCAGCUGCACGAGCUGCGGCCAGGCCUGCAGUACCGCAUGGUGUCCCAGACUGGCCCUGUGCACGCCCCUGUCUUUGCCGUGGCUGUGGAGGUGAACGGGCUCACAUUUGAGGGCACAGGGCCCACCAAGAAGAAAGCCAAGAUGCGGGCGGCUGAGCUGGCCCUGAGGUCCUUCGUGCAGUUCCCCAAUGCCUGCCAGGCCCACCUGGCCAUGGGCAGCUGUGCCAGCCCAUCCACAGACUUCACCUCCGACCAGGCUGACUUCCCCGACACGCUGUUCAAGGAGUUUGAGCCAGCGGCACCCAGCGGAGGCUUCCCAGGCCGCCGCCCUGCCGACCCCGACCUGCUUUCCUCAGCCUGCCGGCGCGGGCGGCUGCUUUGCCACACGCUGGACCUGGUGGGUCAGGCGCGACCAGACAGGCCCAGGUCAGCCCCUGUAGCCCCAGGCGACAGGAACCCCGUGGUGGUGCUGAACCAGCUGCGCUCCGGCCUGCGGUACGUUUGCCUUGCAGAGCCAGCUGAGAAACGGCGGGCCAGAAGCUUCAUCAUGGCCGUGUGUGUGGAUGGCAGGACGUUUGAGGGCUCAGGACGCAGCAAGAAGCUGGCCAAGGGCCAGGCUGCGCAGGCCGCUCUGCAGGCCCUCUUCGGCAUCCGGCUGCCUGGCCACACCCCCAGCAGGAAUAGAAGUCACCUCUUGUCCCAGGAAUUUGCAGACGCCGUGUCCCAGCUGGUCACGCAGAAGUUCCGUGAGCUGACCGUGGGCCUGACGUCCGUGCACGCCCGCCACAAAGCACUGGCAGGGGUCAUCAUGACCAAAGGUUUGGAUGCCAGGCAAGCGCAGGUCAUCGUCCUGUCCUCAGGCACCAGGUGUAUCAGUGGCGAGUACAUCAGUGACCAGGGUCUGGUGGUCAAUGACUGCCACGCAGAGGUCGUGGCCAGGAGGGCGCUGCUGCACUUCCUGUAUGUGCAGCUGGAGCUGCACGCUAGCAAGCAGCGCGAGGACACAGAACGGUCGAUUUUCAUGCAGUCCAAGGACGGAGGCUACCGGCUGAGGGACAACAUCCUAUUCCAUCUCUACGUGAGCACAUCCCCCUGCGGAGAUGCACGUCUCAACUCACCCUACGAAAUCACAACAGACCUGAGCACCAGCAAGCACAUCGUCAGGAAGUUCCGUGGGCACCUGCGCACCAAGAUUGAAUCCAGGGAGGGGACUGUCCCCGUCCGGGGCCCAAGCUCAGAACAGACGUGGGACGGCAUCCUGCUGGGCGAGCAGCUUGUCACCAUGUCCUGCACGGAUAAGAUCGCCAGGUGGAACGUGCUGGGCCUGCAGGGUGCCCUCCUUUGCCAUUUCAUUGAGCCUGUGUACCUGCACAGUAUCAUCGUGGGCAGCCUGCACCACACAGGCCACCUCUCCCGGGUAAUGAGCCACAGGACCGAGGACAUCGGCCAGCUGCCAACAUCCUACCGGCACAACCGGCCCCUCCUCAGCGGCGUGAGUCAUAUGGAGGCGCGCCAGCCUGGGAAGCCUCCCCACUUCAGCUUGAACUGGGUCUUGGGCAGUGCAGACGUGGAGGUCAUCGACGCCACAACCGGGAAGAGGAGCUGCGGGCGCCCCUCCAGGCUCUGCAAGCACAUGCUGUCAGCGCGGUGGGCACAGCUUUAUGAGAAGCUGAGCCCACGGAUACCACGCCUGGCAGACACACCGUCCCUGUACUGUGAGGCCAAGCUGGGGGCACGCACCUACCAGUCUGUCAAACAGCAGCUGUUCAAAGCAUUUCAGAAGGCUGGUCUGGGCACCUGGGUGAGGAAGCCCCCUGAGCAAGACCAGUUUCCACUAACUCUAUGAGUCACCAGACUCUGCUCAUGGACCAAAGUGGAGCACCCGGCAGGCAGUGUGUGUGUGUGUGUGUGCAGGGAUGUGGCAGGGCACUCUGCAUUCAUUUUCCUUUGGUGUUCAAUGUUCAGGUGAGCAGCUAGACUUGAGCUAGGAGUGCACCUCAUCCCAGAUAGCAGCUCCCACAUGGCCAGCUGCAAGGACACACUGGUAUCUGCAGCAGCUCUCUCUCCCCAGGCCAAAGGAGAGUCACUCAGGCUAGAGGGUUCUUGCAGCCUACGCAUCCCCUGAGUGUCCCUGCAGCCCGCACCUCUCAAGUAAUGCAUUCAGUUCUCCCUAGCACAAGAUCAUAUAUGUCAGAUGAGCCAUGAGUGAGGAGAAAAGCCAUGGGCUCUUCCCCAAAGAGGCCGGUAAGAAUGCUCUACUGUUUUCAUCAUAUUUUUAAGUUUUUAUUCCACCUCCUUUCAAAGGGACUUAAGAUGCACAAUAUCAAAAAGCCAGAGAAAUGAAGGCCGCUCUUGCAGCACAAAGGGGCAGCAGGAAAAGCUGGGAUGAGCUAGGAGCCACAUGCAGAGGCCAUCUCAGACUCCAGGGCCCGGUUCUCCGCCCACCCACCUGCCCAGCAGCCGACAACCACAGCCACUGAGGAAGUCUGAGCAAGACCCUACAACCUCCCCACCAGGGAACAAGGAAACCAAGUCCUAUACCAAAUUCUGACUUUUUAGAAAAAAAAAAAGGUUAUUUUAUUAGAAAGCAAGCACAAAAAACAUCCAAAAUAACCUUCACUUUGGGCUCAAGCCACCAGCCCUCCAUUCUUUCACGUUCCCAGUCUCAUCUUGCAUGACAAAAAAACAGCUGCAGGAAUGCAGGAGGCGGGUCUCUGUCACCUGCACAGGCACCAGGCGGCCAGGCUCCAGGGCUCGCUGGACACAGGCCUGGUUCACGCACACCAUGCAUCGUUCCAUGCAUCCUCUUCACACGGGCAGGGCCCUUGGGCCAUCCACAACCUGGAUCAUGUGACUCUCACCACCGAGAGCUUGCUCCUAACCCAUAAUGCCAGGUAGCAGGGCUCCAGUUUCUCCCAUGAAAGAUCCAUAUCUGGAAGUCAUUUGCUCCAAGGAAGGCUCAGGAGCAGCUGGCUCACUAUGGUCUCCUGACACGACACUUGCUGACUGCCUGGGCAUAUGUCCUGACGGGCACACAGGCUCACCUCCUAACCCAAGAAGUGCAGGCAUAGCAUCAUGCUGUAUAGACUCAAGUACAAAUUACAGACAUUCUGACAAUGAGGCAAAAAUGAAACAAGUUGAGCUAUAGAUAUUUGUCACAAGAAAACAAGUAGAGACGCUAGAAUGGAAAUAGAAACUCUUCGUGGCAUUAAAUAGAAGGUCAAAUCUAUCACAUAAGUUCUUUUUGAAGGAAAACAGCACCAUACUGGACAACUUCUUCACAAUAAAAUUUCAAAAGAUAUGAAAGUUUUUGCAAAUGGAUGACUCAUAUUAAUCUUUCAUAAAAUUUGACGAAGGAAAUUGAAACCUUAAUUUGGUGCAAAAGCUAUGAUUGAAUAACUAGUCCACAUUAGUUUCUGAUAAUCUGGCGUGUCACUAGGAGGAAGCUUAGGGAACCAGACCCUUAAGAGCUAAUUUAUGACUUAGGCUGACUCAACUGCCAGUCAUCUGUGCCCUUCUCAAGGAUGCUGGUUGAAAUCUAAUACCCAGACCUUAACUGCUAGCAUUCUGAGCUAUUGCUGGGAGAAGUAUAUAUAUAUGCAUCUUAUCAACGUGCUCCUCUACAAAGAGAAGAUGGCAUUAGCAGCCCCCAUCUUAACCAUCCCAGGCAAGAUGCAGGAUGUUCACCUGCAAACAGGCACAGCAGCACCACCCUUAUGACAUCAUUCCAGAAACUCAGAUGGCUGCCCUGCAGGUGGAUGGGCAGGGCUUACACAACUGUGACUUUCCAGAAUGAAUACUCCCAUGGUGCCCAAGUGGCAGCCAUUUGGUCAUGAUUCACUGUCUAAGACACUGGCUCUCCAGAAGCAAUCCAACUUCACCACUUCUGGAGAAAGUCACACAUUAAUACCCCAACCAUGAGCACUAAUGUAGGACUGGUCUAUUACGCCAGGGGACUCCUUGGAAGGGGAGGCUUCAGUUCUGCAGGUCUAUAAUGAGAAGCAUUUCCAAUGCAGCGGAGUGUGUCUGAGAGGUGGAGCUCUGCUGGGGCCUCUCCAAGUGAGCAGAAAAUGGGGAGGGAGAUGAUCCCAGGCACACAAAGGGCAGCAAGGGAGAAGAUUCUAAGGUGGUACCUGGUGUAAAUGGAGAGGACAGGGCCUGUCAGCCAAGGGCAAAAGUUCCAGGCGGAAGCCUAAGGACUUCACUCUCUGCCUCAAGGUCCGAAAGCACAUCCCAGCCCUGCUCUACAGGUCGACCCUGCACCCCUGCCUGGUGAAUGACAGGGGGCCACAGACACUUCACCACCUGAGGUUUUCCUGAGAACAGAACCAAGCAGCCAGCCUGAACACAUGACCAUGUGAGGCAGACACAGUCAGGGUCUCCCGGCCCCAGGGCUACACUGGCACUGCUCACCAGUCUCAACACGGCCUCCUGCACCGCCAUGCUUCACACUACCUAACAGUGUCAGCUCUUGGUUGUCACACUGCCCACAUCUGUAUGUACAGCUACUCAGCCCAAUACUAACAUCCAAAUAAAACUAACAUCUCUUUACCUGCCCACUGGGGAGGCUGGCAAUAUAAGGUUUCUGCCUGGUUCCUGGCCAAACUGUCAGGGUCGAACCACUUGGCCAGCCUCUUCACAGGACUCCCACCAGGAAGAAGGCCGUAGUCAUGUGGGCCCUGCCCAUCCACCUCCAGGGGCAGCUGACAGCAGGUUAUUGGGUUUAGGGUUUCCUUGGUUUCGUUUUUCCCAAGGAAGGAUGCAGGUCUCUAACUAUGGUUUUCUGCUCUUCCUGCGGUUUUCUUGUGAGUCUGUAUGUAUCUACUAUGCCACUAGGGAUUUGUGAGUUUUGCUGUUCCUCAGAAACAUCAGGUUGAGUUACCUUUCAAGCAAAGUUCAUGUUCUCCCACAUCAUUUCCUUUUCACAGGAAGCUCUUCUAUGAAACAAGUCAAAGCUAAAUGCUUUUUUUUUUCGGUAUAGUAUUUACCAUGUCUGGAGAGCCAUAAACAGUUAAUAUGUGUAUAUCAAUACCCAGAAUAGAGUAUUUUGAUGAAAUCCUAUUUUUAGAUUAUAAAUUUCAAGAUGGGUCUAUAGUUUCUUGUUUAAAAAAUUUUAAGAAGAUAUUUGAAACUUAGACAUUUUUAAUUUAGGGGAACUUCUAUACCCACUUGUUAAGAAACCAUUAUAAUGAAAUCAUCUGUCCAAUUGGGCCGAAAUACAAUAAAUAUCACUAUCUAAUAGAGGCCAAAGGGGAGCUAAGAAGUAUAUGUACCACCACUCAACUGCAGUGACACCUCUCCUGGCAGAAGUCCAUUCAACACUCAGCAAAACCUGGUGCACCUCGGCUGCCCCACCACCACCUCUCCCAGUGGUUGCAGAGCCUGAAAUCCAGUCUGGGAUCAGGAAAACUGGUCCCGCCCUUGUGAAAGGCGGCUGCAGUAUUGAGUACUUAGGGGUUCCCGGCUGUCCCAGGCAUAGUGACAGGACGUGAGGAGCCAGCCACUGCUGUCCCUGGUCCCACCCAACGCCAAGCUGGAGCAGGCAGUUCCCGGGAACGCUGGGAUAUUGUUGGCACCUGUCAAACCUUCCCCACAAAUUUUGAAUCAUAUAAAGGAUCAGUCAAGGGUGGAGGAUGAGGAAGCAGAAACUAAGAGUCAAAAGGCUCUGGCUGUGGAGAGGUGGCCUUGGAGUAGAGCAGUGCCUCUGCGGUUUGGGGAAGGCCACCGCGGGUUGCCUACCCUGCCAAGAACACUGCCGCCUGGGUCUUCUUUCUCACACUCUCCACUCCCUCCCCUGCCUUUCCCCGCUGUAUUGCCUUUCUUCCCUGUCCUAAACUCCUGAGGCCCUGGGACACCUGAGAAGCUGAGAAUGGGGCUCAGGCAUGUGUGGACCCCGGGGACCCCCUCACUGAUCUGGGAAUCAGGCGGGACCUCCUGAGGGGCCCUUGUGACUUCUUGUCCGGUGGGUUUGCCAGGGUCCUUUUUUAUUCCUGGGACAUGUCCCUUCAGGCCACCUCCCACCCAAAGGGACAAUGGGACAGUGAUAGUCACAUGUCUAGAAACUAGACCAAACACCAUGGUCCCUACAGGGACUGCAGACAGCACCCAGCCCUGGAUAGAGACAGACUUUAUUUCCCAUCUCGUAAUUUCAAAAUCACACUUGAAGGGAUGAAGCACCUUCUAAAGUUAAAGCCACAAGGAUCCGGAUUCUGGGGCCUCUUUUCGUACAGGCUAGAUUUCUGUCACUCUGAAGCAAACACACAACAAAGGAAAAAACACUUUCUAGUGCCCAGUUAAUUUUCAGCUAAUUUUCAGUAUUUUUUAAGCAAAAUGAACUUAAUAAACAGUAAUUCUUAAAUGAAGGUAUGUACAAAAAAAGCAUGACUGAAUGGCAAUAUUGUACCAAUGGAUGUACAUUUGUAACAUUUGUAAAAAAAUUCAAAACCUUAAAAUAUGAAUUUACAUAUGUUAAUUUGCCUCUAAGUUCUGUAAAUUAUACUUUAGUGAUAACUGAUAAGUGAAUGUUUCUGUUAAGUGAAUAAAAAUACAAGUAAAACUG